CAAAGAAGACGCAGCAUAAUUUUGACGUGUCUUGUGUUUUUCUCCUGGCGAAAAGACGAAAAAACUAAUCAAUCGAACAAUUUUUUGCAAUUUUUGCUGCGAAAAAGUCUAUAAAGUGGUGGAAAAGUUGGGAAGUCUGUGUGUUCUCGUUACGGUGUGUAAUGUAAAUUGGUCACGGUGGAGGAAGUGGAACUGAACGCGAUGAGCUGGUUCGACACGACGGGCAUUGCCAAUUUGGCGAAGAACGCCCUGAAGGAGGCCCAGAAGCAAAUUGAUAAGGCGCUCGACAUCAAGGAGGAUGAAGAGGAUGGGGGUGACCCCCAAGGAAGUGGCGGUGGGAAGAAGAAAACCGAAGGUCGAGGUGAGAGCAAGACCGAACCGUGCACUCCGGUGAGUUCCGGCGAAGUCAAAGGGGGUGGCAAUGUCGGGAAAGGACAGAUGGACAGCAUCUGGGGGUCGUUCACAGGAUCGUUUUUUGAGCAACCAGCGACUGCGGCCAAUGUCACCGUGACAAAGGCCCCUUCUAGCUUGAAGAGGAAGAGCUUUGAGGAUUCUGGAAUCGCAGAGGUUCCAGGAAAGGUGGGAUCUCCGGAAGCAAGCUCGGAAUCGAUUGAACUGUUGAGCCCGGUAACGACGCCCGGAUCGGCACUGACCUCGCCCAGUUCGGGACCAACAAUUGGACAGGAGUCGGAAUCGGUGGAGGUGAUCAAAGUUCAGGGAACUCCGUCGAGUGUUUCGACGCCGGAUUCAAUUACCACGAUGGAUCGGAGUUCGUCGAUCGAUGAGGGUGAGAUGAAGUUUACUUCUGUUGAACUGGUCGCGGAUGACGAUAUUAGUGUGGAGGAAGACUCCGAGAUGUCCUACACGUUGUCGGAACAGCCAAUCACAGUGGUGGAGACGGCUGACGGCGGAGUUCCGAUCACCGUGCCGCCGAGCAGAGGUAGUCUGCACCUAAGUCUCGAAAAGCCGUCUGUGUCCCGGCAAAUGGCCUUCUCGGAAGUAUCUGUAUGUGACACAGAGGAGUCGAACGAUUCGGAAACGACAUUGACCUCGAUUGAGAAGCUGAGUAAACAGUCGGACGAACAUUUGGAUAAAUCGUAUGAAAACGUCGAGAUCCAGACCCAAAUCUCCGACUCGACGCACAGCUUUGAAGAGAUCUCGGUCGCGGCACAGAUCCCGAUGUUGACGGAGCCUAAGCUACAAGAAGGCACGUCGUCGCACAAUUCGGGCGAUGAAAUUGAGACUGCGACGUCAUCGGAUAUCGAGAUUAUAUCGAGCCCAAACGGCGAUUCGAGUAGCACCAACAGUGGCGCGUAUCGGGCUAGUCCUAUGAAGAUUCCGGAUGGAAAAAGUAAUAUCGAUAUUGUAAUGAUCAAGAAGCGAGGUCAUAACCGAGAACCGUCGGAAAUAUCAGUGCAGAGCGGAAAUAGUGACGACUUGAGCGAGACGGAGAAGCUGAUGAGAAGGAUAGCCGAAAUCUCUGAGAUUCUAGAGCAAAGAGAGUUUAGAUUACUGGAAUUAGGAAGGCAGAACGCGGAUCUUCAUGAACAGAAUUGCCAGUUAAAUACUCAAUUGGAGUCGAAACAAAGACGGGCUGACAGUUCAGAAACGGAUGAGUACACGCAGCGGCUAUCGGCACUCGAGAAGAAGUUUCAGCAAUCGAUUCGUGAACGAGAGGCUCUUAAGCGACAGCUGGACAUAGUUCGGUCGGAAGCCCAGGAAAAAAUGAACCGUUCUGACGUAGAAAAGGUAAUCAGUGAUAAAGACUUUAUGAUCGAGGAACUCAAGAAGGAAGGAGAGAAUUUAUCCAAGCAAGUUUUGAACCAUUCCAACAUUAUCAAGAAAAUUCGUCUAAAGGAGAAGGAAAACGAAGCACUGAUCAAGAAACUCAAAGAAGACAUCGGAGAUCUGACGGAUGAAACCGAACGCCUUAAGCGCUCUUUAUCUGCCAAGGAAGAAGUUGAACGCUCUCAAAUUGAUGCAGUGCACAAACUUUCAUCGGAAAAGCGAAAACUGGAAAAAGAAACCGCUACUUUGAAGAGCCAACUGGAUGACACGACUCAGAAGCUCGAUACCCUGAAGAAAAGUUUCGAUUUCGCCAGGAAAGAACUCACCGAAAAAACAGAGGCCUAUCAAGAGCUCGUCAAGAAAUCUUCUCAAUUGGCAUCGAUGGAGUCCGAACACAGCACCAUCCAGAGGGUUAACGAACAGAUAAGUACCGAGCUGGAGGAUCUGCGCGAGAAACUACGACGAGCAGAGGCGGAGCAUGCCCAACGGAUGCAGCGUUUGAAGAAUGAGAAUUCUGAACUAUUGCUACGAGUAGAAGAGACAGAAACUCGAUCCGAAGAAGAGAAAAAUGCCUCAGCUAUGGUGACAAUUCCUCUGAUGAAGCAAAUUGAAUCCCUGCAAAAUGCGCUUCGGAAUAAGGAACGAAUCUGGGAGCAACGGGAGGCGGAUAUGAUUCGUAAGUUGGACGAAUCCGUGGAAAAAUCCAAAGCAUUCGGAGAUAGCGAGCGCACUCUUAAGGAACAGAUCUUUACACUGAACGGACGGAUUUCCAACCUUGAAGAAAGGUUGACCGCAGCUUUGUUUAAAUCCGAAGAACUAACCAACAAUCUCCAGCAGAAGCAAAUUGAAAUGGACCUGAUGGAGAGCGAUCACAAGCUCAAGCUGAAGUCCUUCGAAGAAGAGCGACAAACUCUUAAGACCAAGCUGUUUGAUCUGGAAUCGCACUCCGCGGAAUUGGAUCGAAAAAUCUCACAGCAGAAGGAACUACUAGAGGCCGCCAAACAGCAGCAGCCCCACUCAUCGUCUCAUUCAAAGCACGACCAGUCCACUCGCCAUUCCCCACCCUCCCCUUCUUCGCAAGCCCUCGGAAUUGCCCUCGGCGAAUCGCGAACAUCCUCCCCGACGCCCAGCAUGGGGAACCUUUCGCUGCCGGAAUCGAUCGGCAGCAUUCCUUGGAACCAGAUGGACGACGAUGUGGUCUCGAACAGUGGCCGGCAAACCAUCGGCGGUGCUCCACUUCUGCACACCACCUCGAUGCUGGAGAACUUGCAGGCCACCCUGAAACAGCGGGACGGUGAGGUAUAUCAGCUGCAGUGGGAACUGUCGCGCUUCCAGCAGGAACGCAACGUUCUGAACUUGGAGAUCUCCAAUCUGACGGCGGAACUGGAUAAUAUUCGCGAAAAGUCCGAACGUACAGCCCAGCUGGAAGAGGAGUUCCAACAGCUGCAGGAGCGGUACGACGCUCUGCUCCAGCUGUACGGCGAAUCGGUGGAGAAGAUCGAAGAGCUCAAGCUGGACCUGGUGGACGUGAAGGAGAUGUACAAGGUGCAAAUCGACGAUCUGCUGCGACAGGUCAACGCCGGGAAGAACUUAUAGUCGAUUCACCGGGAUCCGUGCUGUUGGGAGGGGAAGCAGCGCCAGCAUCAUCAUGUCCACCGGCUGGGCAACGAGUGCGAAUUUUUGGUGAGCGCGAGCGGGGGAAAGUGUUACUAAAUGUGAUAUGGAUGCGUGGGGAACGAGUGGACGGUGCAAUAAGAAAUAUCAUGGAUACAGAGUUCUCACAGUGCUUUGAUUGGUAAGUUAUUGGAUCGGCAUCACAUUUUAAAUGCUGGUUUAUUUUUCAUCCAGUUGCGUAAAAGAAGUUCAUAGACUGUCGUAUUCCAGCUUUGUAUGUACUUUUGCUAACAGAAAUGGAAGUGGAAGAUUAGAAACAGUAAAUUAUAUUUCAGGAUAUUGAAACUAAAGUUUGAAAAUAGAGUAAUUCUUCUUUAAAAUAGCUGGCGAAAAAAUGCAUAAUGCGUAAUUUUAUAAUAUUCUCCGUACAAUUACAUAUAGGUAAUAUAUUUAUCUCUUAAUAUUUA